AUGGUUCCACUUGUGGAGGAAGUUGUUGAAGAUAGCUUGAUAUGGAAAGAUGAGCAAAACGGAAUCUAUAGUGUUAGACCAGGUUAUAGAUUAUGGAGGAAAUCUCAAGCAAAUAUGUGGAAUAAAAUGAUGGACGGUUGGCGGGCAGCAAGUUUAUCAUCUUUGAUCGAACCUCGUAUUCAUAAUUUUAAUGAUGCUCAAUCCUUUAUUCUUGACAUUUGUAGUAGAGGGGAUAUAAGGGACGCCGAUAGAUUUGCUGUGAUGAUGGAUGAGAUUUGGAAGAAUAGGAAUAAUAUUGUGUGGAAUGAUACUCGAGAAGAGGCUACAAAAAUUGGCUUGCAGGUCUAUUUCCAUUGGCAUGAUUGGUUCUUAGCUAGAGGAAGUAGUGAUAGGGCUCAGGGGCCUCCACCACCUAUUGCUUGGACGCCCCCAAAUGAAGGGAAGUUAAAGUGUAAUGUGGAUGCGAGUUAUAAUAAUAGUUUGGGCUUAACUAAUAGAGGGUGGUGUGUAAGAAACAAUGUUGUAAAAUUUAUUGUUGUAGGAGUAGCUUGGGAUUAUGGUAUCUUACCCACUAUUGUAGCGGAAGCCAUGGCUUUGAAAGAAGCUAUGCAAGGCGCUAUUUUGCUACAAUUGCCUAAUGUUAUUUUUUAA